AUUUUUAGCUCCGUGAUAAACGUGGCUUGUUGUGUCCGUAGUUGGGGAAGGUAACGACAAAAAACUUAGGAACGUUAGCCAAGCUGUCUACAGUAGACAGAAGUUAUGUCUGGGGCUUACUGGGGCCAGCUUGCCCCGUUUGAAAAGUAUGGUCGAAUGGUUGACCGAACCGAAGAUUUUAUGGUGAUUUCCUACGAGGAGGCUAUGUCGGAGACGCACACUUCACACAAACACGCCAGCCACACCAUGAUCCUGGCUCGCGACCCUCGAGUACUGUGGGAUCUCUAUCCGGCCAGGGCUGCUAUCCUUAUGCAGAUGCGAUUUGACGGUGUGAUUGGGUUUCCGGGAGGUCUGGUCGACCCGGGGGAGGAUCCCGUUGAGGCAGCAAAUCGAGAAAUGGUGGAGGAGAUCGGCCUUGACCUUAAAAAACAUUCCAUAACCAAAGAAAACCACAUUGUAUCCUACUUUAAUGCCAAAAAAGAUCUCGUUCUCCACUUCUUUGGAUUAGAGGUGACGCUAAAAGAAUUCUGUGCCAUUGAGCUACAAAACCUCCAGGCCCCAGACUAUGGAGUAGAGACCUUAGGGAUCCUCCGCCCUCCGCUAUAUACCAUGGGAGAUAACUAUCGGGGCAUGCCAGCCUUCCUCUCCAACAGUUUCGUCGGUAACGCCAGGGACGAACUCUUAUAUGGUCUACAGCACUUUAAAACUCACACGGCCGAGGAGAUUGAGGCGGCGCUGACAGCUCAGCAGCAACAUGAGGCCGCUAAUCAGGACAGUAGGGGAAACAGUUGACCACGUCUAAACAGUAACUACACCGACCAAGACCAGAGAAAUGUAUUUUGUUUACAUUCAUUUAAUUUUAUCAUUUUUUUUGUUUAUAUUACAAUAAACAAAUAUAAAAACAGAAACUUUUUAACAUUUGACACAUAACUGCAUUCACACACACACAUACAUGAUUGAAAGGUUGGUCGGGUGGCACAGUGGUCUUUCACCUAGACGACCGGGGUUGGAUUACCCAAUUGGACAUGAAAAGGUAUAUGGGGUCAUCUGCGCGACCACAUGGGUUUUUCCUUGGUAUUCCGGUUUCCUCCCACAGUAAGACCCCUCGCGUGCUUCAAU